AUGCAGUACCAUUCAGGUCACAGCGCUCAAUAUUACUCUGACAUCUCGCGGAUCUUUGCCCAGCUCGAGUGGCAGCUCACCAACACGGCGGCUGCGGCGACGGCAACGGCGGACGAUCCCUACUCGAGCUCUGGGCUACUGCUCGAGGAUGGCAGCGGAGCCGCCGCGUUCGAGCUCCCUGCUGGAAACGACUCGGCAGCAUAUGCACAGAACACGUACGCAAUGCAGAUGGUCGACGAGGCGUCGGCGCUGCUGAGCCAGGCCGGGCAGAACGGGAUUGUCAACGACUUGCCGGCCUACACUCGCUACGGUCGCUCCAUGGCCGGCAUUGACACAAAUCGCGACGCCGCACAGUACAUCCUGGCUCAGCAGGCUGAACAAGACGAAAUGUGGAACUCUGUUUCAGAAGAAGCAAGAAUGCAGGCAGAGGGUUUGCUACCGCCGACGCAGGCAGUCAUGCAGCAGCGAUUUGCCGGCGCAGCUGCACAUCCACCUCCACCACUGCUACAGCCAACCCCUGACGACGCAAGUCUCCGUUCGACGCGAAAACGCGGCUGGGAGCCUUCCGAUGAAACCGAUCAGACCGACCAGCAGCCUCGUAAACGCCUGGCCGACGACGUGCAGGACUACUCUGGAAGCCUGCAACUGCUGUACGAGGACAAUAUUCCACCAGCAAUUCUGCAGCAACAGCAAGAACUGCAACUAUUACAUGAGCAACAGCAACAACAACAGGAACAGCACGAAUCACAAUGGUCAUAGUCACGGAAUUUGCAUGGAGAUCCAAUAGUGUCAAUAAAAUGUCAAUGUAUAAUGUACACAA